AUGGGCAUCCUCGACCAGAUCACUCAGGGCGUUGAGAACGUCGCCCUCUCCGAGGAGCGCGAGCGCCGCGAGCUCGGAAACGAGUCCAAGUCGUUCGUCCAGGAGCACAAGGGCCUCGAGAUCGCCGGUGGCCUCGCCGCUGCCGCGGCCCUCGUCGGUGGCGGCGCCUACGCGUACAACAAGCACAAGGAGCACGAGAACCAGGAGCAGCAGCAGCAGCAGGAGGCCUUCCCUGCCGACAACAAGCAGUCCUUUGGCGACAAGCUCGGUGCCGAGUUCUCCCUCCUCGGCAACGAGGCCAAGUCGUUUGCCCAGGAGCACAAGACCGGCCUCCAGGUCGCCGGCGGUAUCGCUGCAGCCGCGGCCGUGACCGCCGGCGGUGUCUACGCCUACAACCAGCACGAGAAGAACAAGGCCGAGGAGCAGGCCGCCGGCACGUACGAGAGCUUUGGCGACAAGGCCAAGGACUUUGGCGGCGACGUCAAGGAGUUUGUCCAGGACCACAUGACGGGUGUUGCGGUCGCUGGCGGUGUCGCAGCUGUCGCUGCUGCCGCCGGUGGCCCGUACGCCUACAACCAGCACAAGAAGGCCGAGGACGGCGAGAACACGCAGCCUCCUGUCGACGCCCAGGGCGAGAACGGCGGCUGGUCGAACGGCAAGAUUGCGGCGGUUGUCGGCGGCGUUGCGGCCACUGCGGCCGCUGCGGGCGGCGUCUACGCCUACAACGAGCACGAGAAGAAGGAGCGUGACGAGGAGCAGCGCCAGGCGGACGACCGCCAGCGCGACGAGGCCGAGGGCCAGCGUGAGGACGCCGAGCGCAACCGCGAGCAGGCCGAGCGCGACCGCGAGAAGAACGACCGCGAGCGCGACAACAACGACAACAACAAGACCGACUAUGAGCGCGGCCUCGAGGAGCACCAGCGCCAGCUUGAUGCCCACCAGCGCGAGACCGAGGCCUACCUCCGCUCGGUUGACGAGUACCAGCGCACGGUCGAGCACCGCGGCCUCGAGCCAUCCCCCCAUGACACGACAGACGACAGGAUACGCGACACACGAGACAUGAAGUAG